AUGACAGCUUUUGGAGAAUACUACACAAUUGUUAUUUUGGGAGCCAGUGGUGACUUGGCUGCUAAGAAGACCUUUCCUGCCUUAUUUGGAUUGUUUAGAGAAAAGCAAUUAAGCACCAAGUGUCAAAUCAUUGGAUAUGCUAGAUCUGACUUGAGUCAAGAAGAUUUUUACAACAAGAUCUCUCAACAUUUCAAGGGCGGCGAUGAAGAAACCAAGAAGAAUUUCUUGAAGCUUUGUUCAUAUGUUGAGGGUCAAUACGAUGCAGAUGAAGGAUUCCAAAAAUUGAAAAAGAGAUUCACCGAGUAUGAAAAAGAACACAAUGUCGAGAAGGCAGAGAGAUUGCUUUAUUUAGCGUUACCGCCAUCAACAUUCACUCUGGUUUGUGAACGCAUUAAGAAGAAUGUUUAUCCCAAGGAUGGAAUAAUCAGAGUCGUUAUUGAGAAGCCAUUUGGCCACGAUUUAGACAGUGCUAGAGAGUUGCAGAAAUCCAUUGCACCAUUAUUCUCAGAAGACGAGAUUUACAGAAUUGACCACUAUUUGGGAAAAGAGAUGGUGAAAAAUUUGUUAGUUUUGAGAUUUGGUAACGAAUUGUUUAGUGGUGUUUGGAACAAGAGCCAUAUUGCUUCUAUCCAAGUCAGUUUCAAGGAACCAUUUGGAACUGAAGGAAGAGGCGGAUACUUUGAUUCAAUAGGUAUUAUUAGAGAUGUGAUGCAAAACCACUUGUUGCAAGUCUUGACAUUGUUGACCAUGGAGAGACCCGUGUCCUUUGACCCAGAAGCCAUUAGAGACGAAAAAGUUAAAGUGUUGAAAGCUUUUGAUGCAUUCGAUGUCAAUGAUUUAAUUGUUGGUCAGUACGACAGGUCAGAGGAUGGGAAAAAGCCAAGUUAUUUGGAUGACAAAACUGUUGCUAAAGACUCAAAGUGUAUCACUUAUUGUGCAUUUUCAGUCAAUAUCCACAAUGAGAGAUGGGACGGCGUACCAAUGGUUUUGAGAGCUGGAAAGGCUUUAGAUGAAGGAAAAGUUGAAAUUAGAAUUCAGUUCAAGCCAGUUGCUAGGGGAAUGUUCAAGGACAUUCAUAGAAAUGAAUUAGUUAUCAGAAUUCAACCCGAUGAGGCCAUUUACGUAAAGAUUAACUCCAAAAUCCCUGGUGUUUCUACUGAAACAACAUUAACAGACUUGGACUUGACCUACUCGAAACGUUAUUCCAAGGAUUUCUGGAUCCCCGAAGCUUAUGAGUCAUUGUUGAGAGAUGUCUUACACGGUAAUCAUGCCAAUUUUGUGAGAGACGAUGAAUUAGAGGUUUCAUGGAAACUAUUCACGCCAUUGUUGGAAAAACUCGAAAAUAACCCAAAUUUGAAAUUGGAAAAGUACCCAUACGGUUCAAAAGGUCCAACAGAGUUAAGAGAUUACUUACAGAACCAUGGCUAUGUGUUCACCAGGCCGGGAACCUAUCAAUGGCCAUUAACUGAACCAGAUGUAAAAGGUAAGAUUUGA